AUGGCGUCGUAUAAAGUUGAGCUCCUGACGUCUCCAGAUGACGCACCAAUAAUCGGCAGGAUCAAAACCGAAGCUUUCGAAAACAGCACGGUCUCUCGCUACUGUCUUUUAUGGGAAGGCAAAGGGAAAUCCGUGGUCGAGAAAUGGUAUAUAGAUCGCGAGGUGCAAGAUCUACAAUCCCCGAACCAAUACACCAUCAUUUCAGUUUCUGUGACCGAGGGCACUGUCGUAAACGGUGACUCCACCAACACCAGUGCGGGAAGCCCGGAGAAGAGCGACAACAAGAGCGAUCAUAAUCGCAAUGCUACGGGCAACAAUCGGACAGUCGCCGCAUGGGCGAGGUUUGCAAUUCCACGUCCUAUGCCGAAGGGAGUUGAUGGCAUGCAGGAGGAACCGGAGUAUAAGAAGCGGAAGCAAUAUCUCAUGGACAAUCCGCCAUCAGGAAACCAUCCCGAGUUAUUCAAUGAGUUUCGAAAACAGAUGCAAGCGGCAAGGCAGAAAUAUUUAGAUGAGACUAAGGAUUAUGUCCUCCAAUCCGCUAUACCAGUUCUUGAGCUUCUCGCUACAAGGCCCACAUGUGAGCGGCAGGGCCACGCUUCUCGACUGCUAAAGUGGGGUAUCGAGAGAGCGGAGGCUGAGAACGCAAGAAUCUUCGUUGAAGCCUCGCCGGUGGCACUGCCUCUGUAUGAGCGAUUGGGAUGGAAGCUAGUGGACACAUUCCGAAUAAAGCUGGCCGACUAUGGGAUUGAUGCGGAAGGUGAUGGAGAUGGCCAUGCGGGCGGGUACAUAGAUAAUGGCCUAGGAUGCUCUUUAUUGUAUAUAAAUCAGAUGAUCAGUCUGCUGAAUAGAAAUAUGGCGGGCCAUUUUGGAGCUCCUGUGUUUUUGCUAAGCGCAGCAGGAGCGGCAACAUCCAUGGCCAUUUUUAUGAGUGAAUCGGCGAUAUUUCCCUUCAUGCCUCAAGCUCAACGAGGAGAUGGCAGACAGUUGAAUGUGGUGCCGGAAAGGCACAUCGUGGUGCAAUCCGGGGCUGGAAAAACAGCUCGGUGUGGUCCUAAUCUUGCACCAUGCCAUGAUGCAAUAGUUCAUUGUGAUGCAAUUGAUGGUGGUUGGGCACCGCAAGCCUCGACUACCACGGCUCCCGACUUACCAUACCACGCUCCCAAUGACGAAUCCGGAGAAAACACCCGACUGGAAAAAAGGGCAUCUCUCCCUGUACGUCCUAAUGUCGCUGCUCGUCACUCAAAGCGCCUGACUUUAAAUUUCCCAAUUACCGUUUCACAGUCCAUUGGGCACUCCCAAACACAACCCGAUCAAUUAUCCCCUGCCUCGAGUUCCAUGUGCUCGGCGACCCAGCCUUCCCACGUUAUUGCCUCCCCUAACGACUCAUCUACGUCAACUCCAACGCUGUUCUCGGAGACAAACAACGAUGAUUAUGGCUUUCUUACCACUUUGGCAGCCCAGGAGCGAAAAGUGCUUGAACUAAAAGAAGAACUACAAAAGGCGGAGGCAGAGCUGGUGACACUCAAACGCCAAUGGGCUCUGGUGGAGAAAGACAGAAAACGAAUCGACAUAUACCACCACGUGGAGCCCUUAAAACCCCUGAAACUUGCCGACUCGAAUUCUCUUGAUGUUUCAAAUUCUCCCCAGACCGACAAGGCUACGACAGUGGUAACGAACCAGAAUCAUGCGAGAAUGAGCCAUGAGCUCAAGCGACAGAGCUGGAGAAACUCACAGUCUUCAUCCCCUGGAGACUCCCAGCUUACUAUGGUAUCAGUGAAAGGCCGGACAGUUUUCCAAAGCUCCAAACACACUAGGACUCUUUCCUUACUCUCUCCCAGCACGAGCAAUUCCGAAUUCAAACCGUCGUUUCCCCAACCAAAAAACAUAGAUGGGCAAGACAAAGCUGCUAGUUCACGGCCAUCGAGCUAUCCGAGAUCUGCAACAUUACCCUCCGUCGACCGCUGCGAUAUUAUAAGACCAACAAAUGGUGGUAACUCUAUCCCUACCACAGCGGAACAAAAAGCCCAGUGGCGCCGCACUUUGCCACCAAUUGCUCAAGAUGUUACUGCAGAGGCACUAAUGAGAACCGGUCGACAGAUGGCCUCAGAUUUCAGGGAGGGCUUGUGGACGUUUAUUGAAGAUAUCAGACAGGCGACAGUCGGAGAGGAGGGAAUCAAUGGCACAGAGUCCAGGUCAACAGCACACAAUGCACAGUCUGGCCAACGGGGAAUGUCAAAACGGGAUGUUGGAUCAGGGGCGUCGACAAGGACGGGAAGAUCCACAACCCCGCGGGGCAUAAUGGCAGAUUCGCAUUCAGCAUCCGGUAAUGAUUCAACAUCAAAAGCUCAAGAGAUAUCCUUUUGGAGUGAAUUCGGCAUUGAUACUCCUGACCAGAGGACAAAAAGCUCCCCCCAAGACGCCGAAAACCCCACCCCCGACGAAAUGAGACAGCAGAAACAGCAGGAGCAAGAUCCAGAAGACCCGAGCCUUCAGGACGUAGAUGAUAAUUGGGAUAUGUGGGAUACCCCCAACAAACCGAAGGCUUCGCACACCCCGUCUUCCAGUAGCUCAACGUUCCAUUCCAACCGAGACUGUUCUCCUUCUACUGAUUCCAGCAGUCCACGAACUAGUGCAAGGGGAACGGAAAAAUUUUAA